AUGGAUGCGACGGAAAAAAAGAUAUUUACACUUAUUAAUCAUCAUCGUCAACAAUACGGUUUACCAUCACUUGAACCAUCCAUUAAUCUUGCGUAUGUUGCUCGUACACAUGCUGUUGAUGUUGUUGAAAACAAUCCAGAUGUUUGUGGUGGUAAUAUGCAUAGUUGGGGUGAGAACAUAAAGAUUGGUGGUGGUAAUGCUCGAGUAUUCGUGCAGAAUGAUAAUGAUGAUUUUGAAUUACGAUCGAAUGAUACAUAUGAUGAAGCUGUUGCACUAUUACAACGAUCAUCAAGCGAGGAAAGACGUAAUUCUAUCACAUCCAUUAAUGACGGAUUAGACGGAUUGCGUGGUCCGUGCGAAUUACGCACAUUAAAAUAUUUUGACGUUUAUCAAUCUUUUUUAUCAGAUACUCUUCAUACACUUUAUGAAGGUGUAAUGGCUCGUAUACUGCAUAUAUUUUUUGAUAGUGUUUCACGAAAAACUGGAAUUACUCCAGAAAUGAGUAUACGAGAUGCUACAGAUGCUGUAUCAGCAAUAGUUAAAUCAAUUUCAUAUCCAUCUACUACUGCAUUCGAUCAAGUCUUGGAUGAACAAAGAUAUGAUCACUUCCGUUGUUUAGCAUUUGCAGCUCACUUAAUUGAAUCAUCAAAAAUUGAUCUUGCUACACAUCAGGAUGUACGAAGUCUUUUAGAAGAAUUUAACAGAAAAUUUGAAUCUUUAUAUACGAAACAGCAAGCAAAGCCUGUUAUUCACGCAUUAAAUCAUUUUGCAGAUAGUAUUAGAAAUUAUGGACCAGCUUUUCGAUAUUCCACUUUUGAAUUUGAAACUACAAUUGGUUCACUAGCUCCUGAUGUUAAAAAAUUUGUGACUAAAUAUACUGGUGGACAAUCAUACAAUCUAUAUAAAACAGUAUUUGUUGAACAACAACGAUUCACAUCUGAUCGUAUUGAUAUUUUUCGAAGGAUACAUGAUGGGUGUUUAAUGUACAAUAGAAAGAAUAUACCAGCAAUUGGUUUUUUGGAAACAAUUAUUUCUUUUGAUAAUGGUAAUGAACCAGUUCUUGUUAUUCGACCAGUCAGUUUACUUGCAACAGCAGACACCAUGUCAAUAAAUCAUCGAAUAUAUAAAUGUACUAACGUAUUAUAUGGAACAUAUCAUGGAACAACAUUAGAAGUUACUAGUUUAGAUUGUAUUAUUCAAAAGAUUGCUUUUCGACGUGGAAUUAAUGUCAAAUUUCCUCCUAUUCCUAAUUCUAUGUUUUUUUUUCAGUAUCCCAAUCGAAGUGGAAGUACUUAG